AUGUCGCUGCUCUUCCGCAUCUCGCUGCUGGCGGCGGGCGUCUUCUUCGGCCUCGUCGUGGUGGUCGCCCUGCCCAUGCUCCUCACCGACGCGUACGUCCAGAUCUCGUGGCCGCUGGCGUACGGCGCGCUGUUUGCGUUCCUGUCGCAGCUGUCGUCGCUGGGCAAGGGGAUCCAGAAGAUCGGGGUGCAGUCGCUGCCGGAGAUGUCCUUCCGGCGCGACGUGCUGCUAAAGUACGCAAAGUCACCCACCUGGCGGAUCGGCUUUCUGAUGGACAUCAGCGGCGCUGUCUUUGGGCUCGCGGCGCUGACCAUCCUACCCAUCUCGAUCGCGCAGCCCAUCUUUUGCAACGGCUUCCACGUGCACGCGACCGAUUCGUAA